AAAUAUUUUUGUGAUAGCUUUUCCUGUUUUUUCAAGUAUUGUUAGUAUGACCACAUGUAAUACAGAUAUGGCUGAAUAUAAAGUAUAAAAUUUUCGAGGUUUCAGUAUCCGCAAAUCUGUUGUGCUUAAUCCGAUGUUCAAUUCAAAAUUCAUAUUAUUUAAAAAUAAAAUCCAAAUCCAAACUAAUUAUCCAAAAAUGUUUGAAUUUCGGAUUGGCUCAAACUAUGCCUGCCCCUUACACAUGAAUCUACUUGUGCCAGAGUAACGUUUUCGUGUGAUGCUUUUUUUGUGAAGAACUUGUACUUGUUUUUGAGAAAGAAGAAAGUUUAUGAGUUUCAAAGCUAUUUAAUCCAGUCCUUUUUCUUAUAUUUUUUUUAGAAAUUCUCCUUUUCAUUAAUAUUUUCUGUGUUGUAAGUUUUUAACAUAAUAUCUUGUAAUUUAAAUGAUUAGAUAUUUGAAUUAUUUUUAGCUGAGAAUCUGAUCUCCAGAUCUGCACCUGAAUCAGACGCCCACACUUGAGUCCGAGCAACUUAAAGGCAAAACACUUUAGCCUUCUUUUUCCUGAUAAAACCUUUUUGGAUGAGAAUUUGAUUCAUCAUCAACUUGGAUUUGCAAUUAGAACAUAUUGCACUUUGUUCAUUGAUUACUCUGAUGAGUGCAAUCAUCAUCUGUGAUCUAUUCUUUUAUGGGGGUUAAAGGGCAUGUAAGUUGCUUGGUUAAGUUGGAUGUUAUGCACUGAUAGUGUAAAGAAUUUUCACAUCACCGAAAUGGUUGAGAGUAUGAAGAAAGUUGCAAAACUGGAUGCUGAACUGACAGUGGAGGAAAGGAACUUGCUUUCUGUUGGUUACAAGAACGUAAUUGGAGCUCGACGGGCUUCAUGGCGUAUUAUGUCUUCGAUAGAGCAGAAAGAAGAGUCGAAAGGGAAUGACAACAAUGUCAAGCUGAUAAAGGGCUACAGGCAGAAAGUAGAAGAAGAGUUGUCCAAGAUUUGCCAUGAUAUUCUUGAAAUCAUAGACAAACAUCUAAUUCCAUCUUCUGCCACUGGAGAAGCUACUGUCUUUUAUUACAAAAUGAAAGGCGAUUAUUAUCGUUACCUUGCUGAGUUCAAGACUGAUCAGGAAAAGAAAGAGGCUUCUGAACAAUCAUUGAAGGGCUAUGAGGCUGCCACUGCCACUGCAAACUCUGAUCUGCCUUCAACACAUCCGAUCAGGCUUGGUCUUGCUUUGAACUACUCUGUAUUCUACUAUGAGAUCAUGAAUUCCCCGGAAAGGGCUUGUCACUUGGCUAAACAAGCUUUCGACGAGGCAAUAGCAGAGCUGGACACUUUGAGUGAAGAAUCGUACAAAGACAGUACCUUAAUAAUGCAGCUAUUGAGAGACAACCUCACACUGUGGACCUCUGAUUUGCCCGAAGACGGAGCUGAAGAGAAUAUGAAAGCUGAUGAACCCAAAGCAGCAGAACCUUCGAAAAAAGCAGAAGAAGCGCCUCAUAAAACAGAAGAUCCGCCUAAAUUGAUGAAACCAACUUUUGUGCUCUGACAGCAGUAAUGGUGGCACAAGGAGCUAUGUAAACAGGCAAAAAUUUCUGCGCUUCCCCUCCAUCAUUAGCACGAGUGCAUGAUUUUGCAACACCUCCAUCAGAAGAGAUGCACUUCGUAAUUUGAUCGAUACAUUUUCAUUUGCUCCCAUUUCUUUAUGUUCUUUGGUAGAGAAGUAUUAUUCACUUGAUCUUUUUCCGAUUGAGUUUGUCUUUUGUUAGAUCCUUGAUUUUGUUAAGGGACCAGGCCAGUCUCUUGAGAUUAUAAGUUAUUUGAAGGACAAUGAAAGAGGAUUUGUUGAAAGAUUUUGGUCCAAUAUCUCCAUAUUAGUAUUAUUUAUUGUAAUUGGAGAAAUUUAUGCUAGUGAAGAACAAAUAUGGCAGCUAAACUGUUGUUCUAUUUGAGUAUUCCACCUUUAUUGGAUAUUAGAUACCCCACAUUACUUUUUA